GUAUCGAGGUAUAUUUAAAAAAAAAAGAAAAUUUUAGAUUGAUACAGAUAAAUUUUAAGAACAUUCGGUUUUGGCAUUUUACCAUGGCUUUUUCUUACACCUAAAUAAAAUCCAUAUUUGAAUUAAGAAUAUGAAUAAUUAAGAACAAAUAUGUUAGUUCCUUUUUGAAUCAAGAGCAGAGAGCAGGGCUCAUGCGCCAUUGCUCGGUGGAAACGCUCGUAUCCGCGAGAUACUUUGCCAUCCGUCGCAGCGGCAGCGGCAAACUCGAGGCUCAAGCGUCAGUUUGUGGCAAACGUGAAGACAGUUCGAGUGCGAGUGCCGUACGGUUCGGACGUGUGGGCCACGCACAAUUCAAUUCGCCAAUCGAGAAGUCAACUAACCAAAAAUCUUAGAGAAAAGAAGAGAAACAGAACAAGUGAAAGAGAAAUUACAUGACAGCGCUGAAACGAGAGUUGUGCAAAAUCCAAAUACACCCAAGUUAAAAUGUGCGCUUAGUGAAAACAGUGGCUCGGAAAAAUGUCAAUUCGCGGUGACCAAGAGUGAGAAACAAAUCCACGAAAAACGCACGCUACACCCCUUUAGAGUAUCUGCGAGAUACAGAUACCCUAGGAUCCCCUUCCCAAACGCACAAGACCCCAUCAUGGCGGCGAUCCUGCUGCUCCUGCUGGGGCUGUCCUGGAGUUCCCUGUCCCAAACUGGAGCUGCCUUGGCGCCCAAGGAGAGCGUAGAGUCGUCGAACGCGAACGCCAUGUUGGGCGCUGGGACAGGAGCCGCUGCCACGGUCUCCCUAUCUGGCGACUACUCCUCCCUGCUGUCCAAUGUGCCGGUGGCCUCGCCAGUUCCCGUGUCACCCUCGCACAGUGGUCCUGGCAACCAGUGCUCCUGGUCGUUCAACGGCACCAGUUCGGUGCACUGCGCCCUCCGCGUGAUCGAGCGACAGACGGGACUCGAUCUGCAGGGCGCCGAUGGCAGCAGCCAGCUGACCAUCCAGUGCAGCGAGCUCUACCUCUUCGAGUCCUCGCUGCCAGUAGCCGUGUUUGCCAGGUUGCAAACCCUGGAGGCACUGCGUCUGGACGGGUGCAAGCUGCUCCAGCUGCCCAACAAUGCCUUCGAGGGAUUGGCCACGCUGAAAUCGCUGCGCCUGAGCACCCACAACAGCGAAUGGGGACCCACGCGUGCCCUGGAGCUCUUUCCCGACUCGCUGGGCGGCCUGAAACAGCUCACCGACCUGGACUUGGGCGACAACAAUCUGCGACAGCUGCCCGCGGGCUUCCUCUGCCCGGUGGGCAAUCUGCAGGUCCUGAAUCUCACCCGCAAUCGCAUCCGCACUGCCGAGCAGCUGGGCUUUGCGGACAUGAAUUGCGGAGCCGGAAGUUCCGGAAGUGCUGGCAGUGAGCUCCAGGUCCUAGACGCCAGUCACAAUGAGCUGAGAUCCGUGAGCGAGAGCUGGGGGAUUUCGCGGCUCCGGAGAUUGCAACACCUGAAUCUGGCUUGUAAUAAUCUCUCCGAGCUUUCUGGUGAAGCCCUAGCCGGCCUGGCUUCGCUAAGGAUAGUAAACCUAAGUAAUAACCACCUGGAGACACUGCCUGAAGGGCUUUUCGCUGGCUCCAAGGAGCUGAGGGAGAUCCACCUGCAGCAGAACGAGCUCUACGAGCUGCCCAAGGGACUGUUCCAUCGACUGGAGCAGCUUUUGGUGGUGGACUUAUCGGGCAACCAGCUGACCUCCAAUCACGUAGACAACACCACGUUCGCUGGACUGAUACGGUUGAUUGUCCUAAAUCUCGCCCACAAUGCUCUGACUCGGAUCGACUACCGCACCUUUAAGGAGCUCUACUUCCUGCAGAUCCUGAAUCUGCGCAACAACUCCAUUGGCCACAUCGAGGACAAUGCCUUCUUGCCGCUGUACAAUCUGCACACCCUCAAUCUCGCCGAGAACCGUCUGCACACCUUGGACGACAAGCUGUUCAAUGGCCUCUAUGUGCUGUCCAAGCUCACGCUGAACAAUAACCUGAUUAGUGUGGUUGAGCCAGCUGUGUUUAAGAACUGCUCGGACCUAAAGGAGCUGGACCUGAGUUCCAACCAGCUAAAUGAGGUUCCUCGUGCCCUGCAGGAUUUGGCCAUGCUGCGCACUUUGGAUCUGGGAGAGAACCAAAUCCGCACCUUCGACAACCAGAGCUUUAAAAAUCUCCACCAGCUGACUGGUCUGCGGUUGAUAGACAACCAAAUUGGCAACAUAACGGUGGGCAUGUUCCAAGACUUGCCACGUCUGAGUGUCUUGAACUUGGCCAAGAACCGCAUCCAGAGCAUCGAGCGGGGAUCCUUCGACAAGAACUACGAACUGGAGGCCAUUCGUCUGGACCGGAACUUCCUUUCGGACAUCAAUGGAGUGUUCGCCACUCUGGUUUCCCUGCUGUGGUUGAAUCUCUCCGAGAACCACUUGGUGUGGUUCGAUUACGCCUUCAUUCCCUCGAACCUUAAGUGGCUGGAUAUUCAUGGAAACUACAUUGAGGCCCUGGGUAACUACUACAAGCUGCAGGAGGAGAUUCGGGUGAAGACCCUGGAUGCCUCGCACAACCGCAUCACGGAAAUUGGACCCAUGUCGAUUCCGAACACCAUCGAGUUACUGUUCAUCAACAACAAUCUCAUUGGCAAUGUGCAGCCCAAUGCGUUUGUGGAUAAGGCGAAUCUGGCCAGAGUAGAUCUGUAUGCGAACCAGCUUAGCAAGCUGCAGUUGCAGCAGUUGCGAGUGGCUCCAGUGGUGGCUCCAAAACCGUUGCCCGAGUUCUACCUGGGCGGUAAUCCCUUCGAGUGCGACUGCACAAUGGACUGGCUGCAGAGGAUUAACAACCUGACCACCCGCCAGCAUCCCCGGGUGAUGGACAUGGCCAACAUCGAGUGCGUGAUGCCACAUGCCCGCGGUGCUGCAGUGCGUCCUCUGAGUGGGCUGCGUCCGCAGGACUUCCUAUGCCGCUACGAGUCGCAUUGCUUCGCCCUGUGUCACUGCUGUGACUUCGAUGCCUGUGACUGCGAGAUGACGUGUCCCAGUAAUUGCACCUGCUACCACGACCAGAUCUGGUCCACCAAUGUGGUCGAUUGUGGUGGCCAGCAGACCACCGAGCUGCCACGUCGCGUUCCCAUGGACUCCAGUGUGGUUUAUCUGGAUGGCAACAACUUCCCGGUGCUGAAGAACCAUGCCUUCAUCGGCAGGAAGAACCUACGAGCUCUGUAUGUGAAUGGCAGCCAGGUGGCAGCCAUCCAGAAUCGCACCUUUGCCAGCCUGGCCUCGCUGCAGUUGCUCCACCUGGCGGACAACAAGCUGCGCACCCUGCAUGGCUACGAGUUCGAGCAGCUCUCCUCCCUGAGGGAACUGUAUCUGCAGAACAACCAACUCACGACCAUCGAGAAUGCUACGCUGGCUCCUUUAGCCGCCUUGGAGCUGAUCCGCAUUGAUGGCAACCGGCUGGUUACUCUGCCCAUCUGGCAGAUGCACGCCACCCAUUUCGGCACAAGACUGCGCUCCAUCAGCCUGGGCAGGAAUCAGUGGAGCUGCCGGUGUCAGUUCCUGCAGGCCCUCACCUCGUAUGUGGCGGAUAACGCCCUGAUAGUCCAAGAUGCGCAGGAUAUCUACUGCAUGGCGGCUAGUUCGGGAACUGGAGGUUCUGCCCUAGAGGUUAGCCCAUCGAAUGAGGGCGCGCUGGAGAAGAGGGAGCUGGAUUUCAACGCCACGGGCGCUGCCUGCACGGAUUACUACUCCGGUGGCUCCAUGCUUCAGCAUGGGAUUCCUGAAUCGUAUAUUCCCCUGCUGGCUGCGGCACUUGCUCUCGUCUUCCUGCUAGUCGUCAUUGCCAUGGUCUUCGCCUUCCGUGAGUCCCUGAGAAUCUGGCUGUUUGCCCACUACGGGGUUCGAGUGUUCGGACCACGCUGCGAGGAAUCGGAGAAGCUCUACGACGCCGUGCUCCUCCACUCCGCCAAGGAUUCGGAGUUCGUGUGCCAGCACCUGGCUGCCCAGCUAGAAACGGGAAGACCUCCGCUGAGGGUCUGCUUACAGCAUCGGGAUCUGGCCCAUGAUGCCACCCACUAUCAACUGCUAGAGGCCACAAGGGUUUCGCGUCGAGUGGUCAUCCUGCUGACCCGGAACUUCCUGCAGACGGAGUGGGCCCGCUGUGAGCUCCGGCGUUCCGUUCACGAUGCCCUGCGUGGGAGGCCUCAGAAACUGGUGAUCAUCGAGGAGCCCGAGGUGGCCUUCGAGGCGGAGAGCGACAUAGAGCUGCUGCCCUACCUGAAGACAUCGGCUGUCCAUCGAAUCCGCCGCUCGGAUCGUCAUUUCUGGGAGAAGCUGCGCUAUGCACUGCCCGUGGACUAUCCCACCUUUCGGGGCAACAACUACACGCUGGAGCUGGACCACCACAGCCACGAGCGAGUGAAACAGCCCGCCAGUCCCGGCCUGCUCUACCGCCAGGCCCCGCCACCCGCCUACUGCGGGCCGGCGGAUGGGGUAAGUCCCCUUCCACAAGCCGUGGCUGUGACUGCUUCGGUGCCGGCGGAACAGAACUACUCCACGGCCACCACAGCCACGCCCAGCCCAAGGCCCCAGCGGCGGGGAGAGCAGCAGGGAUCGGUUUCGGGACCAGGAUCCGGUGGGAACGGAAACCAUCACCUGCACGCCCAGUACUACCAGCACCAUGGGAUGCGACCGCCCUCGGAACACAUAUACUCCAGCAUCGACUCGGACUACUCGACAUUGGACAACGAGCAGCACAUGCUCAUGAUGCCGGCAGCGGGAACCCUGGGAAUGGAGGCUGCUCAGAGGGCCCAGACCUGGCGGCCCAAGCGGGAGCAGCUGCAUCAUCAGCAGGCCCAGCCCGGAACCCUGGGCUCCAAAGCCAGUCAGCAGCAGCAGCAGCAAAAUCCUACAGCCGUUUCCGGCCAACAGCAAGGACCCCAUGUCCAGGCGUAUCUGGUGUAGAGGGGGCAAAACCGACCGCUUUCUGGGAGAGUGACAGUGAUUUCUUUAGGGACUGGUUCCUGUGCAUAAUUUUAAUUACUAAAAUACAUGUGCGAGUUAGGCUAAGGGCGGGGAAACAAACGAGAUGCGGAAGUUGAGACUAGCCAGACAGAUUUUAACGUA